AUGGACCAGCAGCAGCAGCGCGCGCAGGCCCCGCCGUGGCCGCUCAUCCUCUUCCCCGGCGCCGCCGCUGACCCCGGAACUACUGUCUCUCUGUCGUCCGCUGUGCCCUCGGCCUCGUCGUUGGCUCUGACCCCCGCCUCGUCGCGCCCCACCACGCCCCUCCUCGCUCCCUCCUCGCCCCUCGCUACCCCGCCCACGACGCCGCGCUCCCGCACGCCCCGGUCGUUCCGCUCACGCCGGACAGAUCGCGACCUGCGCAUCGCGGCGUUUGGUCGCGUGCCCGCGCUCGACUGGCCCCCUGUCGGCGAGCCGACGCCCCCGCCUAACCCGCUCCGCGCGCUCACCCCGCUCGCGGCGCGCCUCGGCGGGCUCACCGGCGCCGUGCCCGGCGACAAGGGCUUCUUCAGCUUUCAUGCCCCGCUCCAAAGCCUCGCCGAUAUCCCUGCCAUCCUCCACGUCCUCGCGGCCUGCCCCAUCACGCAGGUCAGCAUCACGCUCGUCGCGCAGGACCCUGGCGCCACGCAGCUCCUGUUCGACGAGCUCACGCUCCCCGUCGGCAUAAGCUACGUCGACCUCAGCGCGAUGAACCUCCCCCGCGCGGCGAUACCCCAGUUUGCCGACUUUCUGCGCCGCUCGUACGCGUCCGGCGUCGAGACGAUACUCGUCCCCAAGGCCGCGUUCGCGGACCGCGCGGCGCUCAUGGCGGCUGUGAGCGGUGUCAUCGAGGCACACCCCACGCUCGAGCACAUCAACCUCGCGAGCGCCCAUGUCCCCACGCAGCGCAACCUGGCCGCCAAGGCCGCCGCGCGUGUCGAGUUCAGAUACCUCCUCGACAUGGCGCGCACGCUCAGCCACGUCCGCUGCGACUGCAAGAUCUGCACGCGCGCGCAUGCGCUCGAGUUUGGCCGGUCCCACGCCAAGCGUCUCCCGCCGCGCGCGGUGCGUCGUAUCCUCGAGUUUGCCGCGUACCGGUUCACGCCGGCGCAGGUGGGCCGCAUCUGCGACUAUGCGCAGAACAAGGCCGAGUGGGCUGUCGUGGCCGCUGCGCUUGCCUCGCACCGUGACGUCGGACAUCGUGAGCAUGCGGCCGCCGCCGAUGAGUGGAUACGCAACGGGGGGUUCUUUGUUAGGCGCGGGAUGUGA